AUGAAGUUCCUCGGCGCCCUCCUAGCAGCCCCUUUAGCUACCUUCGCGGCCCCCAUCCUAGAGGCGCGAGGUGAAGCUAUUCCGGGUAAAUGGAUUGCCGUACUCAAAGAGAGUGCGACAGCUAGCCUCCACAGCACAUUUGCCGGCAUAUUAGGAGGCACUGAGCCCAAGCACACUUACAAGAUAGGUAGCUUUCACGGGUACUCGAUAUCAGCUUCGGACGACGCGAUCAGCUCGAUUGCGAACUUAGACGAGGUCGCCUACAUCGAGCCAGACUUCAAAGUCAGCAUCAACAGUCUAACGACGCAAAGCUCCGCGCCAUGGGGCCUAGCCCGGCUCUCUAGCCGCAAGCCAGGGAGCUCGGAUUACAAAUACGACGAGACGGCCGGCAAGGGCACGUACGCAUACAUCAUCGACACGGGCAUCUACACAGAGCACCCAGAAUUCGAAGGCCGCGCCUCGUUCGGCAAGAACUUCGUCGACGGCAACACAAACGACACGGACGAGAACGGCCACGGCACCCACGUCGCUGGUACGACCGGUUCAAUGACAUAUGGUGUUGCCAAGAAGACGCACUUGAUCGCCGUCAAGGUCCUCGGCGCAGACGGCUCCGGUGCAAUUAGUCAAGUCAUCGCUGGUCUGCAGUGGGCGGUCGACGACGCGAAGGCGAAAGACAGGAUCGGCAAAGCAGUCGGCAACAUCUCCCUCGGCGCAUUGAAACUGCUCUCCUCAUCCGUGAACACAGCCGCCGCCGAAGCCGUCAAAGAGGGAUUCUUCCUCGCAGUCGCCGCAGGCAACGGGAACAUAGACGCGUCUUUGUACUCGCCAGCGUCAGAGCCGACGGUAUGCACAGUGGGCGCAACGCGAUCGGACGACGAACGAGCGCCGUUCUCAAACUACGGGGAUUUGAUCGACGUGUUCGCGCCGGGCGUCGACAUCCUAAGUACUUGGAACAACGGCAGCACGGCGAUAAUCUCGGGCACCUCGAUGGCGACCCCGCACGUGGCUGGGCUGGGCGCCUAUCUCUUGGGCUUGGAGGGAGCACGUGAUCCGGUGGCUUUGUGCGAUCGUAUCCAGGAGCUGGCGACGCAGGAUGUGGUGACGGAUUCUCAGUCCAACCAUAAUAUCCUUGCAUAUAACGGCCAGUAG